AUGUCACCCCAGAAGCAAGAGAAGACCCCCAACCUGGUGAAGAGCUUGGGGCUCACCCCAAGUCAGAUGGACCACCUCUUGAUGGGAUAUCUGUGCAUGCACAAACCAAAGAUUGAUUGGAAGAAGCUCGCGGACCUUAGCAAUGUCACACCUGCUUCUGCUAGAAGUCUCUUCAGUAAGGCUCGACGCACCCUCGAAAAAUGGGAGGAGCAGAGGACCGCUGGAGUGGCUACCAAGGAAACCGAGCAAGCUGAGGAUGAGAGAGAUACCGAGGAUGUCACGGAGGCUAUGGAGGAUGCACAUGUCGAGGAUACUGAGAAUUAG